GGUGAUACUUCUGAUUCUGACCUUGACUCAGAUCCAGAGCCUGAACCAGAAACUCGAGCUCCCAUACCCAAGUCAACUAGUGAGAACACUUCCAUAACUGAAAUCGAGGAUAUUUAUAACUUAUAUGGGAGUAUCUAG